AUGAAAGUGGUUAAUAGUAACUUUCCUGAACAAGAAAUAGUCUGCCAUGUAGGAGUAUAUUAUAAAUUUUAUGAGCAAAUCAAGUCAGGUUUAUUACGGGUUCUAUGUAAUAUCUUCCAACAACUCCCAUCUAUCUAUCUAUCUAUCUAUCUAUCUAUCUAUCUAUCUAUCUAUCUCAGUCUCUUCAGAUCUAUCUAUCUAUCUAUCUAUCUAUCUAUCACAGUGUUCUUAUCCAUCUAUUUAUCUGUCUAUCUAUCUCGUCCUGGCAAUAAUCUUUUUGUAAAAUUUAAUCUAUCUAUCUAUCUAUCUAUCUAUCUAUCUAUCUAUCUAUCUAUCUAUCUCAGUCUCUUCAUAUUUAUCUAUCUCAUUCUCUUUCUCUCUUUCUAUCUAUCCAUCUAUCUAUCUAUCUAUUUCGGUCUCUUCAUAUCUAUCUAUCUAGCUAUCCAUCUAUCUAAUGAUAUGAACCAUUGUUAUCCUUCUUUCUUUCUUUCCUUUUAUUCUUUCUUUUUUUUUUCUUUCUUUCUUUCUUUCUUUAUUUCUUUCUUAGGUUUUUGUUUCUUUUUUCUUUCAUUCUUUCUUUCUUUCUAUCUUUCUUAUAUUUUCUUUCUUUUUUCUUUCUUUCUUAUGUUUACUUUCUUUCUAUUUUCUUUCAUUCUUUUUUCUUAUAGUUUCUUUCUUUCUUUCAUUCUUUCUUUCUUAUGUUUUCUUUCUUUUUUCUUUCAUUCUUUCUUAUGUUUUUCUUUCUUUUUUCUUUCAUUCGUUCUUUUCUUUCUUUCUUUCUUUCAUUCUUUCUUAUGUUUUCUUUCUUUUUUCUUUCAUUCAUUCUUUCAUAUGUUUUUCUUUCUUUUUUCUUUCAUUCAUUCUUUCUUACGUUUUUCUUUCUUUUUUCUUUCUUUCUUUCUUAUGUUUUUCUUUCUUUUUUCUUUCAUUCGUUCUUUAUCUUUCUUUCUUUCUUUCGUUCUUUCUUUCUUUCUUUCUUUCUUUUUUAUGUUUACUUUCUUUCUAUUUUCUUUCAUUCUUUUUUCUUAUAGUUUCUUUCUUUCAUUCUUUCUUUCUUAUGUUUUCUUUCUUUUUUCUUUCAUUCAUUCUUUCAUAUGUUUUUCUUUCUUUUUUCUUUCUUUCUUUCAUAUGUUUUUCUUUCUUUUUUCUUUCUUUCUUUCAUAUGUUUUUCUUUCUUUUUUCUUUCUUUCUGUCUUAUGUUUUUCUUUCUUUUUUCUUUCUUUCUUAUGUUUUUCUUUCUUUUUUCUUUCAUUCAUUCUUUCUUACGUUUUUCUUUCUUUUUUCUUUCAUUCAUUCUUUCUUACGUUUUUCUUUCUUUUUUCUUUCUUUCUUUCUUAUGUUUUUCUUUCUUUUUUCUUUCAUUUGUUCUUUUUCUUUCUUUCUUUCUUUCUUUCUUUCUUUUUUUUAUGUUUUACUUUCUUUCUUUUUCUUUCAUUCUUUUUUUUUUCUUAUAGUUUCUUUUCUUUCAUUCUUUCUUUCUUAUGUUUUCUUUCUUUUUCUUUCAUUCAUUCUUUCAAAUGUUUUUUUUUUUUUUUCUUUCUUUCUUUCAUAUGUUUUUCUUUCUUUUUUCUUUCUUUCUUUCAUAUGUUUUUCUUUCUUUUUUCUUUCUUUCUGUCUUAUGUUUUUCUUUCUUUUUUCUUUCUUUCUUAUGUUUUUCUUUCUUUUUUCUUUCAUUCAUUCUUUCUUACGUUUUUCUUUCUUUUUUCUUUCAUUCAUUCUUUCUUACGUUUUUCUUUCUUUUUUCUUUCUUUCUUUCUUAUGUUUUUCUUUCUUUUUUCUUUCAUUCGUUCUUUUUCUUUCUUUCUUUCUUUCUUUCUUUCUUUCUUUCUUAUGUUUACUUUCUUUCUAUUUUCUUUCAUUCUUUUUUCUUAUAGUUUCUUUCUUUCUUUCAUUCUUCUUUCUUAUGCUUUUCUUUCUUUUUUCUUUCUUUUAUUCUUUCUUUCUUUUUUAAAUUUUCUUUCUUUCUAUUUUCUUUCUUUCAUUCUUAUAGUUUCUUUCAUUCAUAAGUUUUUCUUUCUUUUUAUUCCAUACUUUUUUCUCAUUUUUUCUUUCUUUUUUCUUCCAUUCUUUCUUUCAUAUGUUUUUCUUUCUUUCUUUUUCCUUCAUUUAUCAUUCAUUUAUUUUUCUUUCAGUCAUUCUCACCUUCAUUUUUCUUUCUUUGAUGUAGUAGUAUUUCACUCAUUUUUAUCUUUAAUUUUUCAUUUGUUCGUUUUUCAUUCAUUCAUUCAUACACGCUUUCUUUCCUUUUUUUCUUUUUUUGGUACAGUAGUAUUUCUUACUUCUUUCUUUUUUUUUUCUUUCAUUUCUUUUUCCCUUUUUUCCUUGAUUUUUUUCAAUCUUUCUUUUUGUCAUUAUCUCAUUUUAUCAUUCAUUCAUUCAUUCAUUCAUUCACGGACUCUUUCUUUUCCUCUUUCUUUCUUUGAUUCAGUAGUAUUUCUUAUUUUCCUUUUUCUUUUUUUUCGUUCAUUUAUUUUUCAUUCUUUCUUUCUUUCAAUCUUUC